UAGAGUGGGGAAGGUUAUAUAGAGGAGGGUAGGCUUAUAUAAAGGAGAGUAAGAUAUUGGAGUCUUCCUCCUAAAAUUAGUGGGAAAGCAAAGGAAAACAAGAUAUAGGAGGAGAGAGAGAGAGAGAGAGUUUAAGUCUGUAACUGGUAAGUAGUUGAAAAUGGAAGAACAUCUCAGCCCAUUAGCUGUAACUCAUCUCCUUCAACACACCCUGCGAAGCUUGUGUAUUCAUGAAAACUCUCAGUGGCUUUAUGCUGUCUUUUGGAGGAUCUUGCCUAGGAAUUACCCACCACCCAAAUGGGAUGGUCAAGGAGCCUACGACAGGUCAAGAGGAAACAGAAGAAACUGGAUAUUGGUUUGGGAAGAUGGUUUCUGCAACUUUUCCGCAUCAGCUGCAGAGAUCAAUUCUAGUGAUUGUCCAAGUUCAUCUGUUUAUGGAAACUGCGAAUUUCAACCCUAUCAAGGGCUUCAACCAGAGCUCUUCUUCAAGAUGUCCCAUGAAAUCUACAACUACGGAGAAGGACUGAUUGGUAAAGUAGCUGCUGAUCAUAGUCAUAAGUGGAUACACAAGGAACCUAAUGAUCAAGAAAUCAACUUCUUGUCAUCCUGGCACAACUCGGCUGAUUCACAUCCUAGGACAUGGGAAGCCCAGUUCCAAUCUGGUGUAAAGACAAUAGCACUUAUUGCUGUUAGGGAAGGUGUUAUUCAACUAGGAGCUGUCCACAAGGUUAUUGAAGACCUGAGCUAUGUAGUUCUACUAAGAAAGAAAUUCAGCUACAUAGAAAGCAUUCCUGGAGUUCUCUUGCCACACCCAUCAUCAUCUGCAUUUCCUUACAAGGUAGACGGAUAUGGCAUACCAGAGACAUGGCACUAUCAGAGCACUAUUGCACCACCAACAGAGUUCUAUGACCACUUCAACCAAGUCCCAUUCAAGAUAACACCCUCCAUGAGCAGCCUUGAAGCCCUACUCUCCAAGCUCCCAUCGGUGGUGCCACCUGCACAGCCAGGUCCAGGCUACUGUACUGAGUCACAGCCACAGUCAGAUUCUCACUACCUCUCCAUCCAAAGACAUGGGGAGUACAUGAGCAUGGAGAAGGUGGCGAAGGAAGAGAUUGAUGAAGAUUAUAGAGGGGAAUAUGAUAUUGGUGAGAGUAGCAGUUCAAUGUCAGCUUAUCAUAGACAGCAGUUUCAACACCAACACCACCAAGAUUUGAAUGUUACGAGUAGCAGACCCAACAAGUCCUACUUUGAGUGAAACUUAUCAUUGCAAUGUAGUUGUUAGGGUAUGUACGUAGAAAUGAGGAUUGAUAUUAACGUUGUAAGCUUUUUAGUUUUAGUUUCAUCUGAGGUUUUAGUUAACUUUAAGCUAUUCUAGUCGUAGAUUUUCUC